CCGCGCCCCCUCCCCGCCGCCCCGGCAGCCGGAGCUCGGCAGAAGCUCCUCCGGGAGCCCCGCGGAGCCGCCGAGCCCGGAGCGCGGAGCGGAGCCCGGCGGGGAUGCGGGAGGCGGCGAGCGGCUGAGGAGGACCCGGCUCCGCGCCGGGCGGAGCACACCCCCUUCUUCCCUUCCCUUCCAGGAUUUGGGAUCUUACCUGCUCGCCUUGGGAAUUAUUAUUAUAUAUAUAUAUAUAUAUUAUUUUUUUGAUCCGUCCCUUUUUUUUUUUAAAUUUUUUAAAUUUUUAUUUUAUUUUAUUUUAUUUUUGCACACGUGGAGGAGCGCGCGGAUUUCCUAACAUGAUCUUGGCAAACGCCUUCUGCAUCGUCCUCUUCGUAGACGAGAUGCUGCGCUGCCUGGGAGCCGCCGCCGCCCCCCCGGGCCCGGCGGGGCAGGACCCCCGCGGCUGGAGGGUGCCCGUGGACUGCGUGCGGGCCAACGAGCUGUGCGCGGGCGAGCCCGGCUGCAGCGCCCGCUACCGCACCCUGCGCCAGUGCCUGGCCGGGCGCGACAGGAACACCAUGCUGGCCAACAAGGAGUGCCAGGCGGCCCUGGAGGUGCUGCAGGAGAGCCCCCUGUACGACUGCCGCUGCAAGAGGGGCAUGAAGAAGGAGCUUCAGUGCCUUCAGAUCUACUGGAGUAUACACCUGGGGCUGACCGAAGGAGAAGAAUUUUAUGAAGCCUCCCCUUACGAGCCGGUCACCUCUCGUCUCUCUGAUAUAUUCAGACUCGCUUCAAUUUUCUCAGGGAUGGACCCCGCCGCCUCCUCCAAGAGCAACCACUGCCUGGACGCGGCCAAGGCCUGCAACCUGAACGACAACUGCAAGCGCCUGCGCUCGGGGUACAUCUCCACGUGCAGCCGGGAGCUGGCGGGGGCCGAGCCCUGCAGCCGCCGCAAGUGCCACAAGGCCCUGCGCCAGUUCUUCGACCGCGUGCCCGGCGAGUUCACCUUCCGCCUGCUCUUCUGCUCCUGCAAGGACCGCGCCUGCGCCGAGCGCCGCCGCCAGACCAUCGUCCCCUCCUGCUCCUACGAGGACAAGGAGAAGCCCAACUGCCUGGACCUGCGGGGCACCUGCCGGGCGGAUCACCUGUGCAGGUCCCGUCUGGCUGAUUUCCACACCAACUGCCAGGCCACCUUCCAGUCCCUGACCAGCUGCCCCGGGGACAACUACCAGGCGUGCCUGGGCUCCUACACGGGGCUCAUCGGCUUCGACAUGACCCCCAACUACGUCGACGCCAGCACCACCAGCAUCACCAUCUCGCCCUGGUGCUCCUGCAAGGGCAGCGGGAACAUGGAGGAGGAGUGCGAGAAGUUCCUGCGGGACUUCACGGAAAACCCCUGUCUCCGAAACGCCAUCCAGGCCUUUGGCAACGGGAGCGACGUGAGCGUGGCCCCCAAAAACCCCUCUCCCCCCGUCACGGUGCCUCCCAGGGCGGAGAAGAGCCCGGCCCUGCCCGACGACGUCAACGACAGCAACACCAUCUACGACACCAGCGUCGGCCCCGCCUGCACCCCCGCCCAGGAACAAGGACUGAAGCCAAACAAGUCCAAAGAGCAGAGCCUGUGCUACUCAGAGCCCCAGCUGCCCACGGACACGAUGCCGGACCAGAGGACCUUCGUGGACCAGAAGGGGGGAUGCAGCCGACCCCGGGCGGGCCGGACCCUGCUCCCUGUGCUCCUGGGGCCCAUCCUGCUGCUGGCACCGGGAUUAUAGAGGGCAGGGAAAGGCCGGCGGGACGGGGACGCUCCCACCAGUGCCCACCAGUGCCCACCAGUGCCCACCAGUGCCCACCAGUGCCCGCUGGCACUCAGCCUCACCCCCAGCUCCUGCUGCGGCCACGGGGGGACACGGACAGACUGAGACCCUCCGGAGCGCCGGGAAUGCCGAGGCGCGGGAAUGCCGAGGCGGCAGGAGGGACCCUCUCACCGACGCUGGGGAACUUUGGUGGUUUUUUUUCUUCCUGGUUUCAUCGGUUGUUUUUUUUUUUUUCCCUGGUUUUUGAGGGUGUUUUUUUGGUUUUUUUUUUUUUGGUUUUUCCAAAGCAGGAUUUUCUCUCGUGGUGGAAAACCCACCCCUGGAAUGGGGAAAAGGGGAGGGGGCCGGAGCUGCGAGCGGCGCUGGGGAGGGGGGAAUAAACGGAGCAGAGCUUUUUGGGGGAAGGGGAUUUUCAGGAAUAUCCGCAGGAUCCGCCGGCCUGGGGACGAGGGUUCCGCAGGGGAGCAUCCCAGAGGAUUGGCUGUGCCGUGGGGAGCCCCCUGUGCAGCUCGGAGGGGACUGGCUGGACCUUUUAACAUCAUUAUGGGGCGUUUUGGUUGGGGUCGUUUUGUUUUUAUUUCUCCCCGAGAGUUUUCAAACAGAAGCGAAAAGAAACUUUUGUUGAACCGUGUGGGGUCAUCCCGAUGUUUUCACUCUGUCACUUCCAGGGGGAGAUCUUUAUUUUUCUUUUUUAUUUUAUUUUUCUUUUUUAUUUUAUUUUUCUUUUUUAUUUUUUUUUUUUUUAAUUUUUUUUUUAAUUAGGGUCGGGAAGGGAUUUGACCCCUCGGGGGGGGGGGUGUCAGAAUCUCUCUCUGUGUUCCUCUCCCUUUUCUUUUCUAUAUACAUAUAUAGUGUAUGUAUACCCCACUCACCUAUACCUACAUAUAUGUAUGUAUAUACAUAACCAGAUGCAACGUGUGGCUUUUUUAAUUUCGUUUUUUCCCCUCCUUUCUUUUUUUUUGGAAAGGCAAAAAAAACAAAAACAAAACAAAACCCGAGCUCGGAACGGUGACUUCAAAAUGCAUUAUUGUAAAAGUUUAUUUUUUUUAAUGACGUCUAUGAUGGAGAAGACAAAACAAUAAAAUAAACCGAGACCAACAAACCCAAGGAACGAAAA